GACCCCAAUGGAGCCCUACAGUUUGCCGUGGGAAGUCGCUCUGUGUCAGUGCUAGAGCCAGAGGAUGGAGCCUCAGUCUCAGUCAGUUUGGUAGUGGAGAGAACUGGAGGAGCAACUGGUGUGGUGGAAGUCUCCUGGACUCUCACUUCACAAACGGGGAUGAUCCUUCGCUGGACAUUGUGCCAGUGUUCAGGGACUCUGCCAGUACAUCAGUGGAGUUACCCAGCCGUCUAUCACUCCUAUAAUCACCCCGACAUCAUCCCUGAAUUGCUGAGGGAUUUACUGUUGGUCUAUCGGAAGCAACAGGUGGUGCUAGAGUGGGAGGUUUCGCUAGAGCCACUUGUGACUAUUGAAGCCAACGAUAGUCCCAAUGGUUUCGUGUCUUUCGAACAGUCCCACAAUUGUGGCAACAGAAGACGAUACUGACACUGUUGUUAUGAUUCGUGUCGUCAGAAAGUGCUGGAUUGUUUCGCAACAUCAGUGUCAUCUAUAGUACUGCAGUUUCUUCUCCGUCGUCUGCAACAGCUGGAAUGAUUACGCCUCAAUCACAGGGAAGAAGUAAUCAUUGAGGAAGGAUCCUCAAGUGUAAAUAUUCCGGUCACAAUUCUGGCAGACGAACUCCCAGAGCUGGACGAAACUUUCCAACUCAGUUUGGUCAGUGUCUACUUCACCGAGGAAGUCCCUGAAGAUAUGGGAGAUGGUGGGCCUCAAUUGGGGGAGAUCACUGUGUCGGAGAUCGUAAUCAGAGAGAAUGAUGAUCCCUACGGGAGAUUCCGUAUAGCAGGAGGGAGUGGCGAGAGCGUUGUUCGAGUUCCCGAGGCGGACAGUCUCGGAGUGAGUCUGACAGUCACCAGGGAGGCCGGGAGAGUGGGGACAGUAGAGGUUACCUGGAGUGUGAGCGGAACUGCAGAAGAAAAUGUGGACUUUGCAGGAAGUGGAGCUGUUUUGACAUUUGAUGAGGACACCACACAGCGCACAGUUUCACUCAUCAUCUAUGAGGACACGCUCCCGGAGAGAGACGAAUACAUCGUUGUUUCUCUGUCAAACCCCACGGAGGAGCCGUCCUGGCAUCUGAUGGGGGGAGCGAGGCGACGGUGGUCAUUGAGGCAAACGAUAACGCUGCUGGAAUCGUGGGACUCGUGGAUUCAGCUCGUUCUGUCAUCGUGGACGAGGGGGGCACUGUCAGCCUGGGUCUGGAGAGGAGUCUGGGGAACCUGGGGGUGGUGGAGGUGACUUGGGAGAUCUCUGGACCUGGAAACGUGUCACUGGAGUUUGUUCCUCAUCAGGGACCGCAACCUUCCAAGAGCGGUUCUAACUCAACGGAGAUAGUGUUCAGUGUAGCAGCAGACGGAGACACCAGAACUGGCCGAGGAAUACUCCCUGAGUCUGACUGGAGUUCAGACAUCUCACUGAGGACAUUUCCGAGACGGGCAGAGCAGUGCUGGACACCAGUGCCACCAUGGCCACCGUAACUCUGAGGGCCAGUGACAACCCUCACGGAGUGGUGGAGUUUCAGGAGAUGUUUGUGGAGACAGAGGAGAGCGUCGUCUCUUCCUAACUAUAGUCAGAGAGUUGGAGCUAUCGGUGCUGCUUGAUGUGGCGUAUGAAGCUGUGAUGGGCAACGUCAGAACACUGGCAGGCAACUCCACUCUGGCCACUCCAGGGCUUGAUUUCAACAACUCCAACAGGACCAUUAGACUGGAAGAUGGGCAGCUAUCAGCAACCGUUCUGGUGCCCAUCAUCAACGAGACAGAACCGGAGCUGUCAGAAAUGUUCCUGGUCCGGUUGAGUUCUGUUACCCUCGAUCCCCAGUGAGGAACGGGGAUGUCCCUCCAUCAAUUGGGCACUAAUAACCAGGUUCAAGUGACAAUCCUACCAACGACAACCCAGAGGGAUCCUCAACUUUGUCUCAGAGCAGUGUGACAGUGCUCAGAGGACGUGGGUGAGGUGGAGCUGAUUGUACGUCGAGAUCAGGGCACCGUCGGUCGCGUGUCUGCCUUUCUCUUCCUCAUCGACAGAGGAGCCACACCUGACCAGGACUAUAUUCAUACCAACCUGAGAUGAUAGUGUUUGAAUCAGGGGACUCUGAGGAGGCAGUGCUGGUGACUAUAGUGGAUGAUAGUGAGCCAGAGCUCGGCGAGACUUUCUGCAUCCGUCUAGAGUUACCCGGGGGAAAUGCUGAGAUUGGGGACACCCCAGAAGUGUGUGUGACUAUUGACAUAAAUGACAAUGCUUACGGACAGUUCAGUUUUGACUCUGGAUCAGUGGCUGUGACAAUUGAUGAGGCGGGAGAGAUUAUCACCGCAGCCAAUGUUGCUGAGUUGAGGGUGGUUCGAAAUGGUGGAGUUAAUGGAAUAGUCUCCAUCCCUUUUGAACUACAGCAGAACACCAGUUAUGAUUUGUCAAUCUCGCCUUCAUCUGGCCUCUUGGUGUUUGCCGAAGGACAAGACUUUGGAAUAAUAGGGGUGACUGCUGUACGGGACGACAUCCCAGAACUGAGUGAGACAUACACGGUAUCUCUUCUGGACCCAUACAACAUAGGAGACCUCUCUGCUGUCAAUCACACUGCUAGCGUCACCAUCAGACCUAAUCAGAAUCCACACGGCCUCCUUGAAAUCUACUUCACUGAUAGAAACUCUAGUGAGUUAGUUGUUGAGGAAGAUGUUCGAUAUGUUGCACUGGAGAUAAGAAGAUCUGAUGGAACUUUUGGAGAUAUUUCUGUCGAUCUCAACACAAUUGCUGGAUCUGCUAUUUCACCCACUGGUGAUACCCUGUCUUUCAGUGUGACACAACUCCUAGACACAACUGGGGCUAGGAAAUGGUACCAGUUUACACGAACUGGGACCCACUACCUGUUCCUAGCCGGCAGUGGAAACUCUGUGCUCUAUGAAUGGAGAGGAGCAUUCGUACCUGUGCAGACUCUAUCAACUUAUGGUGCAUCAGCUGCCACCUUCUUGAGUAUCGACGGCCGAGAUUUCCUAGUGGUUUCUGACUAUGAAACAAAUUCUACUGUAUACGAGUUCUCUGGAAGUAGUCUACUAGAAGAGGUCCAAAGUAUUGCUACAGAGGGUGCCAGUGAUGUAGUAUCUCUGGUGGCACCAAAUGGAGUGCAGUAUGUGGUCAUUGCUAGCAGAGAAGACAACGAUGGAAGUCCCAACACUGACUCUGUUGUGUUGGAGUGGAGUGAGGGGAGAUUUACUCUCUUCCAGUCCCUAACUACCAUUGGUGCUUCGGCCGUGGAUGUACUGUCCAUUGGAGGGACACAGUACCUUGUCUUCUCCAGUUUCACUGACACGAGGUCCCCAAUCUAUGUGUGGGCAGUUGAUAGGUACAGACUGGAUCACAACAUAGACACACUGGGAGCCACUGAUGUGGAGUCAGUUGAUAUCAAUGGGGAUGUCUGGCUUGCUGUUGCAACUGGCUCAUCUGGAGUUUCACUCUUCCAGUGGUCAGCUGAUGAUUCCCGUUUUAUCUUCAAUUCGACUCUUAGCUCAGAAAAUGCCCUUAGUGUUGAGAACAUUCCAGAAACAGAUCUCCUGCUGGUUGCCAACAGGGAAGGACCUGGACAACUGUUUUCUCUGUCAAUCUUUAGCGAACAGCAGGAUGUGAACCUGCCUGUGGCGCUACAUCUGUAUCCAUUCUCCCUGGGACCCCAAACUGUCUACAUUGCAUCAGCCGUCAAUGGCUCCACAGGGCCGUCCUCCAUUGGACUGCUUCAGGAAGUAGACUCAACAACUGACUUUUAUGCAAGGUCCGUAACACUGACCUUUGCCCCUGGUCAGACGUACCACUACCUGGUGGACGAGAUCAUUGAUGACACUAGUCCCGAGCUGGACGAGGGGUUCAGUAUUGGUCUCUCCAAUCCCACCGGAGGGGUCGUUCUCGGGACACAGAGCUCUCUAACUGUCACCAUCCUAACCAAUGACGAUGCCUAUGGGCUAGUAGGAUUCUCUGAAGAUUCUCUGUCGGUCUUGGCCCCUGAGACUGAGGCCAGCUCCGAGGUGGCCCUGAGUGUGGUGAGGGAGAGAGGGACAUUCGGUGAGGUUCGAGUCUCCUGGCAAGUCAUGGGAGAACACAGCAAUGGAGAGAUCUCUCCUACCAGUGGAGAGGUGGUGUUUGCUGAAGGAGUCUCCGAAGCCACCAUCACUGUGACCAUUCACCCGGACCUGCUUCCAGAGUUGAAUGAAGUGACUGUCAUAGAGCUGGUAGAAAUCACUGAGAACGGGGUUCCCCCUGGAUCUGAUGCCACUAGAGGAGCUAAGUUUAUCUCUGGUCGGACUGAGUCGGUCAUCACUGUUCAAGCCAACGAUGCACCACACGGUGUACUGGUGUGGUCAGCCACCAGAGUCCAAGUCGAAGAAGUUGACGCUGUGGACAAUGUUGUCCAGCUCACCAUUCUGAGGGAGUUUGGCAGUAUCGGUGCCAUCUCAAUCACAUACAGCACGUUGGCCGACACCAGUGUUCCAGUUGAAGAUCAGGCCACUCCAGGAACAGACUUCUUGCAGAUAGCUGGCAGUGUGACAAUGGCAGACAAUGUUACAUCAGCCACCGUCUUUGUUACAAUCCUCCAUGACAAUGAACCAGAAUUGUUCGAGACCUUUUGGGUGUCCCUGACCAAUGUGACACUAAUUAACGAGGAAGAUAGACAGGGUAGCACCUCAAAUUCCCCUCGACUGGACGUGGACUUGGCCACAGUGACUGUAGAGAUUGCCGAGAAUGAUAAUUCCCGUGGUCUCCUCCAGUUUGUCGUGAGUCAACUGAGCGUCGAUGAGGAUGUGGGGAGCAUUCAGCUGGUGGUUGAGAGAGGUGACGGUGUGUUUGGCAGAGUGGCAGCAGAUUUUAGUGUGGCUGGGAUUAUGGCCGACUCGGAUGACUUCAGUCCGCAAUCAGGGACGGUGGAGUUUGAAAUGGCCGAGACCUCCAACAACAUCACCGUCUACGUCGUCAACGACUCUGAGCCAGAGUUGGAGGAGUCCUUCGUAAUUUCUCUGGUGAACCCUCAAGAUGGUGCUGCUAUUGGUGACAUGAACUCCGUCGUAGUAACAAUCAACAGAAACGAUGACGUCAACGGGGCAUUUUCAUUUGACAGUGUCCUUAUUCUGCUCCCAGAGAGUGAGGGUCCUGACGAUCCAAAUGGAGUGGCCACCCUCACAGUGCUACGUUCGAGUAGCACAGUGGGUGAGGUGACUGUCUACUGGAGAGUCAGUCAAGACGGGCUCAUGGACCUCCAGCCUGCCAGUGGGAACCUCACCUUCAGAGAUGGUGAGAGUGAGCAGUCAUUCCAAGUGCGUGCUGUUGCUGACGGGAUCCCAGAACUGUUUGAGUCGUUUCUGGUGGAGCUGGUGUCCACUGAGGGGGGAGGGAGGAUAGCUGACCCAAGCGAGGCCAGAAUAGCGAUCCAGGCCAGUGACGACCCCAAUGGAGUGGUUGGGUUCGACAGCUACCCCAAUGGAAUCAUCACUAACGAGGGGGACCUACUCACAUUCAGGAUUCUCCGAUCGGCUGGUCUCAUUGGUGAGGUGACAGCGACGUGGAGAAUAACUCCCUCAGACACAACAGUCUUCACCACUGCUUCUACCACUGUGGUGUUUGCUGACGGGCAGUCUGAGGCUGUCAUCACUGUUCAGACCAUUUCUGAUGAUAUUCCCGAGACUGCUCGUUUAUUUUCGCUGGAGAUCGAAUCAACUGGACUAGCAGUAGUCAACGAUAGUCUGUCGCAGGUGGACGUCAUUGUCAGAGCCAGUGAUGAUCCCCAUGGAGUGGUGGAGUUUACCCAGCCCUCGGCAGUGGUGACUCCAGAGACUGGUCUCACUCUCUCAGUUCCCAUUGAGAGACUCAACGGACUUGUCGGAGAUCUCGUCCUCAAUUUCAUCAUACUUCAGUCUUCAACGGCAUCAAGUCCCGAAGAUUUUAUUCUCCUUAAUCAUAGCAUUGUCAUACCAGCCAACACAGGUUCAUCAGAGCUCCUGGUCACUAUCAUUGACGACGUUCUUCCAGAGUUGGCAGAAACCGUCUCCCUCUCACUGUUGUCUGUGGAGCUCGCACAAGACAUCGACGGCGGCAGGGACUUUAAUUUCUCUGGAGACCCGGCCACUAUUGACCAGUACCCCAGACUGGGUACCGUCACGCAGUACACCGUCACAAUAGCCGAGAAUGAUGAUCCGUACGGCGUGGUUUCUCUGACUGAAUCGACACUGUUUGUCAGUGAGGGAGAGACUGCUCUCCUGACAGUCCAGAGGGCCGGAGGAAGCUUUGGUCUUGUCAUCCUGACAGUCUCAGUUACUUCUGGCUCUGCAAACGCCGCCACCGACUUUUCUGAUGUGUCUGGUUCGCUAGUACGACUGUCCCAGGAUGAGACCACGGCUACAAUUGCCAUUCCUAUCAUUCAAGACACUACCCCUGAGCUUCAGGAGGAUUUCACGGUGUCGAUUGCUCUAUCCUCUUCUUCGAGCCCGGCUGUCCUGGGUGCCAUCACAUCAGCAACUGUCGUCAUCGAUGCAAGUGAUUCUCCACACGGGGAAGUUGGGUUUGUGGACCCACUGGUGUACCGUGAACACAACCCCGAGGACGUCCCAUCACUCUCACUCUGUCAGUAGAGAGAGAGUUUGGACACAUUGGACAAACAGAGGUGUUUUGGGAGGUAGUGGGGCCCUAUCCAGGCCAGGAGAUGUCAGAUAUCUCUCCAACUGGAGGUACACUCACCCUACAGAAUGGACAGAGUGUUGGCCCAAUCAUACUGGACAUCCUGCCAAGCCAAGAGAUGAGGAGGAGAAGACAUUCACAGUGAAUCUCCUGUCAGCCUCAAACGAGGUCGAAAUUGACCCCGACAGGCAAUCAGUCACCAUCACUGUGGCCCAGAGAGGGAUGCCAUACGGAACGAUUGGGUUCUUUGGAGAUGUUCUCCAGCUCCACAAGGUGGACGAGGGAGUGGGGAGUCAGAGUGUGGCCUUUCCCAUUGCUCGCACAGCUCCCGCACUGGGAGAUGUCCACAUCUCCUUUGUGGUCACUGGAGUGACCGAUCCCAGUCUAGACGUGUACCCGUCCUCAGGAACUCUCCUGCUGGCCUCUGGACUGAGUCGAGUAGACUUGAAUCUCGAGAUCCUGGAUGACAGCGACCCAGAGCUUGAAGAGACCUUCACCGUCAUACUCUCUCAGCCAAUUGGUGGAGCCACCCUCAAUCCCCUUGCUGCACAAUCUACUUUCAUUAUCAGGGCAAACGAUGCACCAUACGGGAGAUUCAACAUCACCCAGCCCUCGAUAUCUGUGGAUCAAGCAAAUUUCCCAGAGAUCUCGCGUACUUUUGCCUACACAAUUGUGAGGCAGAAUGGACUCAUUGGAGAUGUUUUGCUCAACGUCCUCACCACUUACACCCCUGAUCCAGCUGCUGGAUAUGUUGAAGAGUUUUCUGCUGUCAUUGCGGAUGGGAGGCUGGAGCUGCAAGUGGAGCUACCUGUGUCUCCCACUGCCUGCAUAGCCCCUGGUUCUCUCUUUACCAUCUCCAUCACCGGUGCCUCACUGCAAGGCCUAGAAGGUUUGUGCAGUAUACCAGGUUUUUCGCCAGCAAAAACCUGUUUGUCGAAAUCCAAGGACUGAUAAAUUUUACACCAUUAACACUGUGUGUCUGGGUCACGCAAGAACAAACAUUAGCCCAUGAAAAUCCAUUUUACUUACUUGAAUGAAAACUAAAAAUAAACACUAUAUAGCUGUAUCACAGUAUAUACCUUGUGUGUUUCUAUGUUCAGCACAAGAAGGGUUUGGACCGGAAAUCGUAGGCCCAGCAGAACUUGUGGUGACUGAUAGUGUGGGCAACGCUCUGAUUGGCUUCAACUCCAGCUCACUAGCAGCCACCAUUGAUGAGGACUCCACAGAAGGGAACAACGUGGCCCUGACGGUGGUACGUAGAGGAGAGCUGGGUACAGUGAUGGUCUACUGGAUGACAGGGCUACCUGGCUCCCCUCUCACAAACGGCUCCAUCACUCCAGUGCACGGGAGCUUCCAGAUGUCACCCAGUGACACCUCGUCCCAAAUCCUCUUGACUGCAACACCACGCUCCCCUCAUGGAGUCCCAGAGGUGUUUGCAGUGUGGCUGACUGUAGAACCAGUUGUCCCACUCUCUCUGCCAGCCAAGGUCAAUCCCACCACUGGUACAUCUCUCCUUGAGCCCAGUGGAGUGGUCCAGUUGGCAGCCAGUGUCUUCUCUGGAGUAGAAAGCUCUGGAAAUAUCCAAGUGACUGUCCAGAGAUACUAUGGGUCAAUGGGGAGCAUCCAGGUGUUUGGAAUGGCUACAGUUGCAGGGAACUCCUCUGUCCCAGCCAACACAGAGGCUGCUGUUGAUAACACCGACUUUGCUGCCACUCUGGUACAAGUGACCGUACCUGACGGGAGCACGUCUGGCGUCCUUUCUGUGCCAGUGUUUGACAACCAGGACUCUGGCCCUCUCAAAGUCUUCCAGUUCACCCUCACCUCUGUGGUGGAGGACUAGCUGAAUCAUCUCCAAGACUAUCGACAGUUGGACCUCUAUCAGCUCUGCUGACAAUAAUAGACGAUGAGGCGGGGGCAGGUCUGUUCCGCCUGGAGCCGACGUCGGACACAGUGGAGGAAGAGGACAGGAGGUUCUCAUUCUCCAUCUCCAGGGAGGGAGGCAACCAGGGAGGGUGGCAGUGGUGGUCCAGACCGUGGAGGGAAACACUCAGGAUGAAAGUAGUGAGCCAGCGACAGAUGGGGUAGACUACACUGGUCUCCCUCCUCGAGAGGUCGUUUUCGAAGACGGCGACUCAGUCACUAAGAUCUUCUCCAUUAGCCUGACCGACGACACAGAACCUGAAAUAGACGAAUACUUUACUGUGGUCCUCUCUAAUCCACCUGGUGGCUCGGCCCUCAUUGACCCUAAUGCUGACAGGGCAGUGGUGACGAUAUCAGCCAGCGACAGUCCGGGAGGAGUGUUCUCCCUCUCUCCAACAGCCAUCACCCUCUCCGAGGAGACUGCCUCAACCGGCAGCCUCACAGUCCAGAGGACUGGUGGAACCCUCACACAAGUCGAGAUAGAGUGGGAGGCUGCGUAUACAGACGGGGAGAUCCACGACACGGCCAUCAACAGAAUACUGGGACAGGACAGAGCUACCCUGACUUUCCCUGUGGGAGUCACUUCUGUUGAUAUAAACCUUACUCUCCAGCCCAAUAGCGUGCCAGUGAGUGGGGAGGUCUUUACCCUGCGUAUUCAGUCAGACGACGCCGGCAUUGAAUUUGGUCAAGACACGGAGGCCACAGUCACAGUGCAGGCCAAGCAGUCUUCUCUCUUCCAGAUCACUGCUCCAGACAUUAAGAAGGUGGUGACAGAGUCUGGAGGUGUGACAGUGGGUGUGGAGAGGUUGAACGGGACACAGCUGACAGCCAGUGUCCAGUAUGCCACUGUGGAGCUGCCAGGGAACAGAACCAUUGGACAGUUGACUGUGCAACCAGCUCAGUUUGGAGUCCACUAUACUGCGACUGCUGGGAGUCUCACUUUCACAACAUCUGCUAUUUCAGCAGACAUCCCACUCAAUGUGAUAGAUCCCAGAAGUCGCUUACCCUCGAGCGUUCAAUGUUGUCAUUUCAACCUCCGAACCACAUGAUGUGACGAACUCUGAGGCUACUCUGGUUCUCUCUCCUCCCGGGGCCCUCAGUCGUCUCAUCGAUAUCUACUUCAACACACUAGAAUCGUCAACUACAGCCCAACUCGAAAGUGUGACAAACAGUCUGUAUAAGCUGCUGAGUGAGGGUACACUGGUUGGGAGCCAGGUUCAGUUUGUGAAUGGAGAAAACCAGCUCCAGUUUGAGGUGACACAGUACAUCCUCCGUGAGGUCACCACCAAGGCCAGUGGCAGGUACACAAACUCACUGACUGGGAACAUGUCAGACAUCUUUCAACUCGUCCUGGACGAUGCGACGUUUUCCGGGAGAAGCGAGUUUGUGGAGACGAUGAAGUUGUUUGGUUACAGUCUUCUGGACGGAGAGCCUUGCAACACUGAUUUUCCAGUGACAAAGACACUGUCGCGACUGUUGUUCCAUCUUGUGGUAGAGAGGCUCCCUCCCGCCAGCCUAGCCCAGAGGAGGUUCACCGCCAGCUUCAGCAGUGACAACGACGACUUUGUCAAGUUCCCCAGCGACAGCAUCUUCCCGGGCAGCUCCCUGGCUGGCAUUGAGUGUGUUGAUGUUCACUAUAUUGAGUUGGUGGAGGAGAGAAUAUUGCGAGAGUCAACACUUGACAGCAAGGUACUGUCCAUUGGUAUUCGAGGCCAGUCCUCCCAGACACAGAGUCCUGUGACCUACCGCAUCUAUACCGACACUAAAGUCAUGCCACUGGAGAAUGAUUGUCUGCUGUGGAAUAGAACCUUGAGGACUUGGGAUGACAAAACCUGCAGAACUAUCAGGUCUGGUAUUCUGCCCACACGGAACAGCUACGUGGAGUGUGAGUGCAAUAGACUGGGAGAGUUUGCAGUUGUGGAGGACGUGGAGAGAGGCUACGGUUGGACCCUCUCUGCUGGAUUGAUUGCGGCUUUUGUGGCUGUUGUUACGAUGAUGGCGAUCUGUGUCCACGUGUGCUACUUUCAGAGGACUCAGCUUGUCACCAGGAUCUUUGUCAUGCUCUGUGUCUCUGUUCUACUCUACCAGGUGAUGUUGCUGGUGUCAGUGUUUGCCAGUGACCAGCCAGACACCACAGAGAGUGGCUGCACUGCCAUUGCCAUCGUCCUCCACCUCACAGUCAUCCUCCAGUUUGCCUGGAUCCUUGCUUUGGCUGUGUCACUGUGGACCAACUUCAUGGGCAUCACUGAUGGAAAGGAGCCACUUGUCAUCUAUACCAUUGUCUGCUGGGUGGUGGCCAUUCUGUGGGUAGUAUCGACAAUACUGAUAGGGAGAUUGGUCUCAAUGGUCUGGAAUUUUCAGAUGUGUAUGGUCUCGCUGGAGACUUCUGCUACACACCAGAGUUCUCAGUGUCCCUGGUAUCAACUCUGCUGCCAGUGGUGCUGGCUAUGCUAGCCACCAUUGCCUUCCUCUCGCACUCCUGCGUCUACUGGUCUCGCUGGGAGGACUCCACAACAUGUACCUCGACUCCUUCAACAAGACAG